AUGUUCGGCAUGACCGACCUCGGACGCAGCAAGGCGGGCAUCGCUCUUUCGCACAGGCCGCCCGCCCUCAGCGAUCGCCUCGCCGCCAUCCCCAACAACACAAACCAGUCCCUUUGGAUCCUCGACCCGGGCCUCCGCCGCCUCAACUUCUGGAUGCUCGUCUGCCUCGUCUCGUCGUACGCCACUGGCUUCGACGGCUCCCUCUUCACCGGCCUCCAGACCCUCGAGCGCUGGUCCUCGGACCUGGGCAACCCGGACUCCAACCUCACCGGCAUCAUCGGCAUGAGCGGCAUCAUUGGCAUCGUCUUUGCCCCGUUUGUCGGCGGGUGGCUCAACGACCGCCUCGGCCGUUCCCGCACCAUGCUCAUCGCCGCAACCAUCGCCGUCGUCGGCGGCGCCCUCACCGCCGUCAAGCUCGACCGCCCCUCGCACCAGCGCGACCUCUUCAUCUGCGCCCGCGUCGUCCUCUCGCUCGCCAGCGGCCUCACCAUGGUCGCCAGCCCCAUCCUCAUGGCCGAGCUCGCCCACCCGCGCCAGCGUGCCGCCGUCGCCAGCCUCUACCAGUGCGGCUUCUACUCGGGCGCCGUCGUGGCCGCCUGGAUGACGUUUGGCACCAACCGCUGGUCCGACUCGUGGUCCUGGCGCCUCCCCUGCCUCUUCCAGAUCUUCCCCUUUGUCCUCCAGAUCGGCGUCCUGUGGUGGUGCCCGCAGUCGCCGCGCUGGCUCGUGGCCCAGGGGCGCCGCGACGACGCCCUCGAGGUGCUCGCCACCUACCACGCCAACGGCGACCGCAACGACCCGCUCGUCCGCUUUGAGCUCGACGAGAUCGCCGCCGCCAUCGAGGCCGAAAAGGCAGCCGCCGCCACCACGUUCCGCGACCUGGUGGCCACGCGCGGCAACCGCCAGCGUAUGUGGGUCGUCGUCACGCUCGCGUUUGCCACGCAGUGGUGCGGCAACGGCGUCAUCAGCUACUACCUCUCGCGCAUCCUCGCCUCGAUCGGCAUCGGCUCGACGCGCCAGCAGGCCGUCUUCAACGGCGGCCUCGCCAUCUUCAACCUGGUCGUGGCCACCUCGGCCGCCUUUACCGCCGAGCGCUUCGGGCGCCGCCGCCUGUUCAUCGUCUCGGCGUUUGGCAUGCUGGCGUCGUUUGUCGUCAUCACCGUCUGCUCGGCCGUCUACGCGCGCUCCAUGGCCAGCGCGGCCGGCUCGAGCGUCAUCGCCUUUCUCUUUCUCUUUUUCUUCUUCUACGACAUCGCCAUGACGCCGCUGUCGUUUUCGUACCCGGUCGAGAUCCUGCCGUACAACGUGCGCUCCAAGGGCAUGUCGGUCUCGGUCUCGGUGCUCGCCGUGGCGGCCUGCUUCAACAUCUGGGUCAACCCCAUCGCCCUCGCCGCCAUCGGCUGGAAGCUCUACCUGGUCUACAUCGCCGUCCUGGUCCUGUUUUGCAUCAACGUCCUCCUCACCUACCCCGAGACGCGCGGCAGGACCGUCGAGGAGAUCGCCGUCGUCUUUGACGGCGUCGAGGGCGCAGCCGCUGCCGUCGUGGCCGAAGUCGACGCCGGACGCCUCGGCGUCGUCGACGAGAAGCGACGGCAGCCCGGUGGCGCAGCUCGACUGGCGACGUUCCGACUGGCGGCCGGCGCUGGCGGCGCCCUGUCGUCGUCGUCGGCCACGACCAUGUCCAAGGACGACGAUGCCAAGAAGGACGACUCGAUGCGCAGCGUCACGGGCGACGCCGUGUAG